CUUCCUAUACUUCAUAUAUUUCAAUGUUAAUAUUUUACGUGAUUUGAAUUGUGAAACCAUUUACUAUUUAUUUUUCGUGAAUUAUUCGUUUGUCUUUUCCUAUUCGUUCAAUCGCUACUAAAUAAUAUAAAUAUGACUUGUUGCAUAGCUGUUAGUGAAACUGCUGUAGUUGUGACUUGUAUAAGCGUUGACCGGUGUUUCGUAUAUUCGUUAGACAGUGGAAAUGUGAUCAAUCUUACUGAAAGCCUGGGUGAAUCGUACAAUAACAUGCCGAUCAACGAUCGUGACUUACAAAAAACAUGUGCAGCUUUUUCAGACGAUGGUAAAUUGUUCGCGUAUAACACAAACAAAGGUAAACUUCUGAGCAUCUGGAACACCGCAGACUGGUCAUUGGUCGAAAACAAAACACUGGCAAAACAUGCGACGAAUAUAGUUUUCACACCCAAAACUAAUGUUAUUGUCGUCGGCGAUAAAAAAGGUGAUGUCUAUGCAUUUGAUAAAUUUCCCGUCUGCGUUCUCGGGCAUUCUUCUAUGAUUCUCGACAUUAGUUUUACUAGCGAUGAAAAGUAUAUCGGUACUUGUGACAGUGAUGAAAAAGUGCGCAUAUCACAUUACCCAAAUGGCAAAAAUAUUUUAUACUACAUGAUGGGACAUGAAGCGUACGUCAGUGGAAUUUGCAUAAUGAAUAAUUUAAUUCUAUCUGGCUCUGGUGACCAAACAUUGCGUUUGUGGAAUGUUCAAGAUGGCUAUCUCCAAGAUAAAUUAUCUCUUCAUACUCCUAUCCAAAGCCUAGUUCGCAUUGAAGAUAUUUUUGCAGCUCAGCUAUACGACUCCAAAGAAGUGCAUUUCAUUAAAAUUGAGGAAAAUGGAAGCAAACAAAGACUUAAAGAUAUUAAAACAAUUACAUUUAAAGAAAAUGUUGCAAGUUUAGGUGCAUUUAGUAAUCAGUUAUGGGUUAUUGCUGGUAUUUCGGUUCAUGAAUUUACAGUCGAUUCAAGAAAUGAAAUUAUUGUAGAAAAUGAAAAUCCUAAAAGGACCUUAAUAUUAAACGGUUUAGUGAAAUCUUUUGUUUGUUUGGAAAACACUAAUUUAAUGAUUUUUCUCCAUAAGAAGAUGAUCGAAAAACAAAUAAGAACUAAAAUAUGUUCAAAUUAUAGUAUGCCAGCUUUAAAUAGUUCAAAAAGAAUUAAACUACAUAAUAAUAGUAUUUGUUGAUCCAAUGAGACUGUUGUUAAGAUUAUAAUUUGUUUUUUAAACUGUUUUAAUCAAAUAAUAUGUUUUAACCAUAUU